CCAGCCGUUAACCCGGAAGUGAGGCGUGUUUCCUUCGCCGGGUUAUGGGAGGGCGUUGGUUCCUCCGGCAAGUUCAACAAACCAUUUUCCCCCGACCACCGACGUUUUCCCCAUGAAAAAUUUUCCGAAGCUCGCCACCGAUUGAACGGGUAUGUCAGAGAAGACCAAGCAAGUGGCCAAAUGGCACGGAGCCUUCAAAAAAGCAACGGACUUCGAUUCCUGGGGCCAGUUGGUCGAGGCCGUGGACGAGUAUCAAAUGUUGUCACGGCAACUGAGAAAAGAAGGUUCGUCGUCAGAUUCACGCACGUUCACAGAUGACCAAAAGAGAAUCCUGUCCAAAGUGUCGACAUGUUUAGACUUGAGAAGCCAGGCUCUUCAGGCUGCCCAUGGAACCAGUCUGGAGGACUCCCUGUCACUGGAAGAGCUGAAAAAAGUGGAACCAAUGUUGAAAAAUUUACUGGAUGCCAACCCAGAGGAGUUCCCAGUCCAGGUGUCACAUUUCUCCCCAGUCAGGAGACCAGCAGGACCUGAGGUGGACAUCAGUGUGCUGAACUUAGAUGGGGAAGAGGAGGAGGAAGAGGAAACGAGAGGUGAACGGAGCACACCGACCACACCCAAACCAACAAGUGGAAGCCUACUGCCACGACUUCCCCCGGAGCCAGGGAUGACAAACUUGACCAUGAGGAUAGAGAGGAUAGGACUGAAGGAUGCUGGUCAGCACAUAGACCCUUACGUAACUGUUAGUGUGAAAGAUGUCAGUGGUAUUGACCUGACCGAGCCCCAGGACACACCCAUAGCCAGUAAGAAGGAAGACCCCUAUGUGUACUUCAACGUGGAUGUAGAAAUACAGAGACAUGUAGAGAAGAUGCCCAAAGGAACAGCAAUAUUUUUCGAGUUCAAACACUACAAGCCCAAGAAGAGAAUGACCAGCAUCAAGUGUUGGGCCUUUAUGGAGAUGGAUGAGCUGAAAUCAGGCCCUGCCUCCAUCGAACUCUACAAGAAGCCGACAGAUUUCAAGAGGAAGAAACUGAACCUCCUGACGGUCAAACCUCUCUUUCUGGAGCUCUACCUUACUCUGACCAAGGACUAAUUAUAACUGGUCCCAUGUUUCCAGAAGUGGAAUAAAGGCAGACAGUUACACAUAAUGGACAGCACCUUGCAGUGACUCAGUUUCUUAUGGCUGUGUUUUAUGUAUCAUUUUUAUUAGUCUACUUUAACAUUAAUGUUAACUCUGGUAUUUAGAUACAGCCAAGGAUAGUUUUGUUGCCAAAUGUGUAUGAUUGAGCCAAGUCAUUUGCACUUGCAGUGGAAUUUACAAGAAAUUGCCACGGUCGUUAUUUUGUAUCACUGUAUUCAUGAUACUGUAUUGCUUUCAUCAUAGUGGUGAUUUAAUGUGCAUAUCAUGUGCAAAAGAGGAAAAUUUUAGUUGUUGGUCCUUUUUACAGCAAGAGUACUGUUGACACCAAUUUGAUUAGUUGGUUCUUUAAGGUUUUAUCUGAAAAGAAGAAAACAAUGUACAAUAGUGAUGAUCUGAUGUUUAUGGUGAGAUUUACAAGCUGUUUUUACAGAAACUGAAGUGAAAUGGUUGGUAGAAAGCAUCAAACUUUCAAAGUAAGGCAUGCUUUGAGUAUUGCAAAGACUUACAGCAAAGACAGAUAAAGCGAACAUGUAGCUUCUAUGCUUGAAAAUAGGUCUUAGAACAGUGGACUACAGUGAACCUAUUUUUCAAAAUUGUAAUAUUUGGAUAUAGUUCCAAGAAACAGCCAAUUGAAUUGGUGGCCCUAUGGAGAGUCAUCAGAUUAGCAAAGGUUGCUAUCAUGAUCAUUUGAUGUUACAGUGACUAGUUGUUCUGGAUAGUAGAUGGAUAGUGCAACUCUGUGUCAAGGAGGCUUCAAAGUUGGCAUGAUGAUUGGACGACGACACGUGAAGGAUGUGUAAUAUCUCUGUAACAUUCCUUUAUUGUAGAUCAUGUAGGUUACAUUGACCAACUAAUGAUUGCCUGUUUUAGCUGAAUCACACGUGACAUCCUCCUACGCAGGGACAUCCAUACCGCCUGUCUGGAUGUACCCUGCUUUUUCAACAGUCACCCUUAGUUCCUGACCGCCCUGCUUAUAAAUAUUAAUGAGCUUACCCUUAUAUACGCGAGAGCCCUUUUGGAAACUGAAAGGCAUAUUCUCUGAUUGGCUGACAGCUUUUGGGGGGGGGGGACGUCCACAGGGACUAAGAGUGACAGUUGAAAGAGCAGGGUACAGACGGGUUUGGCUGUCCUUGCGUAGGCGGAUGGCAUGUGAAGACUGGAGUUUUAAGUUAAGAAUAGUUUAGCCCUUGUUUGUGUUGAAAUUUCGUGAGUACUAAAAACAGCUCUUUGAAUGUUAUAGGUUGAGCAAGAAUGUGCCUGGUAUUGUACAUGUAUAUCAUUCAGCCAAAGCAAUGUGUGAAGAUUUUAUAUAUUUCUCAAUUUGGAAAUGCUGGCAAAUACACAGAGUAAUAUGACACUUAAUAAAAAAUGACAUUUUAGAUC